AUGAGUAUUGUAACCGUGACAAAAAUGCAAUUUUUUGCAUUAAUAUAUUUAUCUUAUUUCAUUUUACCAGCAAUAUUCGCCGAGGACGUGAGUUAUCAAGCGUGCGUUGACAAAUAUUCGAGAAAAGGUUACCAGCCGUGGCAGGAAUGGUCUGAUCAUUAUACAUGUCACAGAUAUAGAUGCGAAAUACGGGACGGAAAAUAUUUCAUUGCUGCUGUUGGAUGCCGCAAACCAAAAAUUCCGGAAAAUGCUUUGGAAUGUCACGAAUAUAUUGAAGAUGAGAAUGUUGAAUUUCCGACAUGCUGCGCUAGAUUGCGUUGCGUCGUUGAAGUUAACGGCGAAAGAAUAGUUCAGACGAGAGGCCAGCCAGGAGAACUCUUCCCAGACAAACCAUGGAAGGGACAGCAAAACGAACCCAGCCCGGCCGUAGUCGGUAUGGGCAGCAUCCAACAGAACACCGUGGGGGGAGAGGCACAGACCCAGUCGGCACCUGGAAUUUUCAACAGCAGAGGCGCAGGCAAGCAAACGGAUGGCAACGAUAUUAAUGGACGUCGCUUCGUAGACCCUUACCCCAGCCAGCAGAUGCAAGAAUCUCCUAGAAGGAAGCGAUCCACCGUCUACCCACUAUUUGACAAAAACAUGUUACGAGAACUGAAUGCGUUCCAACCACACCAAGUUAAAUUACAUGGAUAUUCCCCAGAAAAAUACACCUCGUACUUUUCGCAUAACAUAAAAAGUCUAUCAAGCUCCAAGUUGCCUAAUAAUUACAAU